AUGGGCGUUCAGUAUAGCAGGGAGAAACCUUCACUUGGUGUGUCCAGCGCUCCUGAUAUUCCAAUUCCAGAUCAGCCUUUGGGUACCGCACAAAAGAUUCGUAUUAUUUGUGUAGGUGCUGGAGUUUCAGGCUUGAACUUGGCGCAUCAGGUUGCGACACGCAUGAAGAAUGUGGACUUUCAAAUCUAUGAGAAGAACCAUGAUAUUGGAGGCACUUGGUUGGAAAACAAGUACCCAGGUUGCGCAUGCGAUGUGCCCGCGCACAACUAUCAAUAUUCCUGGGCUUUGAACCCCAACUGGAGCGAAUUCUAUCCAAGCUCAAAGGAGAUUCAUACCUAUCUGAAAGACACAGCUAGGAACUACGACCUUGAAAAGUUCAUCAAGUUACAUAGCAAGAUAAUUUCUGCUAUUUGGGAUGAAAGCACGAGCCUCUGGAACCUGAAAGUUGAAGACCAGCUAACCAAAAAGGUCACCGACGACUCAUGCAACUAUUUCAUUAACGGUGGUGGUUUUUUGAAUAACUGGAAGUGGCCCGAUAUUCCCGGGCUUAAAUCUUUCAAGGGUGACCUAGCCCACACGGCCAGCUGGGAUGAGACUAUCGACCUUAAAAAUAAGCGGGUUGCAGUAAUUGGAAACGGAUCUACUGGUAUCCAGGUCGUGGCUACCAUAAAUGAGGAUGUCAAACACCUUACGACUCUAAUCAGGAACCCUACCUGGAUCACCCCGGCUUUUGCCGAAGGACUGGCUGGCAAAGAUGGAGCUAAUAUCAAAUAUACCGAGCAGGAGAAGAAGAAUUUUGCGGAGAACCCAGAGAAGUGGCUCGAAUAUCGAAAGUCAAUCGAAGCUAAAAUCUCGCUCGAGUUUACUAGUAAUAUCAUGGGCACCAAGGAGCAGAAAGACGCACAGACGUCAGCGACAGAGUUAAUGAUCAAAAGACUCGGCAAUGACCCGGUGCUGUCGAAGAUUUUGAUCCCCGACUUUGGUGUUGGAUGCCGUCGCCCUACACCAGGCCUUGGUUACUUGGAGUCUUUAGUGAAGCCCAAUGUUCGCUUAGUGACUGAUCACAUAGAAGAAGUGGUUCCUAGUGGGAUCAAAUUGAAGACUGGUGAAAUUGUGGAAGUGGACGUUUUGAUCACUGCCACAGGGUUCGACUACACGUGGAUUCCACGUUUCCCAAUUAUCGGGCGCAAUGGUAUCAAUCUCCAGGAUCAAUGGCAGGAAAGGCCAGCAUCCUACAUGGGUAUCGGCGUCAACAAUAUGCCCAAUUAUUUUGUCUACUUGGGACCAAAUUCUCCUCUGUCUCACGGCUCUGUCAUUCCUACGGUUGAGGUGUUCACCAAAUACAUGCUCCUGAUGAUCUGGAAAGCACAAACAGAGAACUACAAGUCUUUUGUGCUAAAGGACGACGCAUAUCGGGAGUACUUAGACCACCAUGAUACUUUCCACAAGCGCACCGUUUGGGGAACCAAAUGCCGGUCAUGGCUCAAAGGAGGCCGCGAGGAUGGGCAUGUCCUAACCCAUUGUGGUAGCCGCAUCCACAAUAUUCACAUGCUCUGGAAUCCUCGGGCAGAAGACUACGAGUGGCAAUUGGUGCAUAGCAAUCGGUUUUCUUACUUAGGAAAUGGGUAUUCGGUGAAGGAAAAUGAGAGCGAGGGUCGAGAUGUGACUUGGUUCUUGACAAAUCCGAAUGCCGGUUACGAACCUAUCCAAUAUUAG